AUGUUUAUCUUUUUAGAUUGUCCUCUGCGAUGUAGAAAUGGCGGUGUCUGUGAAAAUCAUCGCUGUAUAUGUCCUCACGGCUUCCAAGGCAUACAGUGUGACUUACCUGUGGGGUGUAUGCAAGGACCUUGUAAAAAUGGCGGAACGUGUAGAGAAAGAAAAGUUGGUUACCUAUGUCUUUGUCCGGAGGGUUACAUUGGAUAUAAUUGUGAGAAGCUCAAGUAUGUAGUGGAAAUUGAAGGCAACAGCUCCGUUAAAAGAUUGGGAAAUAUUGUGUAUACAUGUCGCUUGAACGGGAUGAUACCGGAUAAAGUUUUCUGGUUUCGAAACGGAGAUCUAAUCCAAGGAAAUGUAAACGAACGAAUAGAAGCCACAAAUGUCUUAUACAUAGAACAAGUGACGGAGUUAGACGAAGCACAAUACAUGUGUGUUGUAUACAAAGAUUCAAUGGCGUACCUCGAUACAAUAGACCUCACUAUUGAGCCUACAUGUCGCUUAGAAAUGAUACGACCUGUCAGUAGAAGAGUAAAACAUCGUGGUAAUGUAGCUUUGAACUGUCCUGUAACCGCUUAUAAAGGAGUUCGGUUUACUUGGCAAAAGGAUGGACAUCCAUUGAAGACGAACCUCCGAAGAUACAUUUAUUCAAAUUCUCUAAUCUUCAAAGUCGUGGAAGAAGUUGAUAAUGGAACAUACAAAUGUUUAGCUGUUGGCCCAACAGAGUGUUCUGCGACGGCCGAGAUGUCACUAGAUGUCAGUUUCAAGCAUAACCCUAAUAAAGUUUGUGGUAAAAACAGCAUUACGAAAAACUCAGAAAAUAUAGAAGCAAAAAUCAAGAGUGGAUACCCGGCUGCACGUGGUUCUGCCCCAUGGUUCGUGCUCUUUGUUAGUUCAGCUACGAAACAUUCGUUUUGUGGUGGAACGCUGGUCGGUAAUAAACAUAUUGUGACAGCUGCUCAUUGUGUUAGAUCAUUUAAAAACUUCAAUAAUCACAACGUACAUGUGUAUGUUGGCACCCAGAACUGCUCUGGUUAUGGAGGAAUCAGAGUUCAGAUGAAACAGUGGAUUGUACAUCCAGCUUUUAAUAAAACCACAUAUGACAGUGAUAUUGCUGUUAUCGUUUUGAAAGAAACUCUAGACUUCACACCAGAUGUCCAUCCAUUGUGUUUGGUGAACAACGAAAUAAUUGGAGACAGCUUCUACAGUGGAUUUUAUGGAACAGUAGUCGGUUGUGGCGAGACAACGUUUGGUUAUAACCCUUACCCUCGUCAUCUUCACGAAGUCAAGCUCCCUUAUGUAUCAGACAACCAAUGUCGGAAAAGUCUGGCUAAAGGCCACAACAUUACAAAGAAUAUGUUCUGUGCUGGAUUUUAUGGGACUUAUCAAGGAGAUUCGUGCAAAGGAGACAGUGGUGGCCCUUAUACUAUACUGUUACCUCAAUCAAAACGCUGGAUAUUGGUUGGUAUUGUCUCUUGGGGGUACAACUGCGAUCGAAGUAAUUCAUUUGGCGUCUAUACAAACGUUGGUCAGUUUUACAAAUGGCUCACGAAGACAAUCUCUGUUCGACACCAUUAAAAAAGGCCACGGAAACUUCAUGACAAGAACGAUGAAUGUGAAGUUCUUUCUUACCCUGGUUGCUGAAAAAAAAACAAAUAAA